CUUUUUUAUAUCAUGUUUAUUAACAAGUACAUCCCCUAAGUAUUCAAAAUAUAUAUUCAAAUAAACAAAAAUAACAAUGAAAAAAUAUAAAAAUAAAAAAAAAAUAAUAGAGCCUAUACCUACAUCGGUUUUUAUCAGAUUGUCUGUGUAUAUUGAUGUGAAAUGUUGUUUAUUUCGAGUAUUUUGACCACUCACCGAUAUUGUCGAUUAUAAUUAAUGGUGUUAAUAAUUUGCUAGAUAUACCAAGUGGAAUGGGUAAACAAAUUAUGGAUUUAAGAAGUAAAGUUGAUAUAUCCAAUAUGAAGUAUGAAACUAACGAAUCGGCAUUGCAUGAAAGUAAUCGUGAAAUAUACAAAAAAAGAAAACUGUUUUUGCAACAACAUUGUGAAGCGGAUCAUUCUGAUGACGGACUCGAAGAGAACGAUUUAUUGUACGAUGAUAAAUACGGAUUGAUCUAUUGUCCAGUACCUAAAGUUGCCUGCACAAACUGGAAGAAAGUGUGGUUGGUUCUGAUGGGGCACCUGAAUACUGACGUAUUGGAAAGCGUGCAUCAUUCAUUUGUCCACCACACACCUAUUACAUACCCUAUAUUGAGAGAACUGUCACAAUCUGAACAAGAAAUGCGACUUGAGAAAUACUUCAAAUUUUUGUUCGUUAGGCAUCCAUUUGAACGUUUGUUGUCUGCCUUUAGGAACAAAUUUGAGUUGACAGACGAAUGGAAUGUCAAGUUCAUGACAGGCUAUUCGGCAAAAAUAUUUAAACGUUUCAGGGAGGGGAAAUGGUCACGUGCCCGUAUCGUCCAAUCACCCAUCACGUUUAACGAAUUUGUCCAGUUUAUAAUUGAGACAGUUGACGACGGAGCUCUACAAAAUGAGCAUUGGCGACCAAUACACGAGAUGUGUUCAGUAUGUGACGUCCAUUAUGACGUCAUAGGGAAGUUUGAAAACUUGGAAAAAGAUGCACAAUAUAUUUUGAAAGAAUCGAAUGUUGGCGAAAUAUUGACCUUCCCACGCCACGAUUCACAUAUUACAAACAGUUCUACAGAAGAGAAUUUGAAGAAAUAUUUUUCAACCAUUUCAGCAGAUAGUAUUCAUCAACUGUACAAAAUUUAUGAAUUGGAUUUCAAACUAUUUCAAUACCCCUAUCCAGUUAAUUACCUAAUAUGGUCACGACAAUGA